GGCAAGCAUAUAUACUAUGACCGAGUCAAACAUCUUUCAGUUUAAGAUAUUCACACGUGCGGACGGUGUCUAAAUAAAUGUCAAAUCCAUUACUUUGCUGUGGUAAGGGUCACUUGGCCCUGCAUGACUCGGAGAAAGAGACGUUAAAAACAAUUAAAAAAACGGAAAAAAAAUCGGCUAACAAAAUGGAACACGUCGUUAACGGGAAUCAUAUUCCCGCGGUUUGUCCCUUCAGUGGUAAUAGUGCUGAAAAUGUGAAUGACAAGAGAAAUUUGCGAGUGAAAUUGAACCAGCCAAUGAAGCUGCGAAAUUAUUUGGACAACUCGUUGCAGACCUUAGAUACACUGCAUACCAGGGAAAAUGAUAUCGCUCUCAUUGAGUCCCGCUGCACUCGCGUCGUGUGCUCGGGCAGCGUCAUCGACAUCCCGCGGCCCGACGCCGUGCGCACCCCCGACGAGAUCUACUGCGACGCCGAAAAGUUCUUCAAGGAAUACUACGCGUCAAUACGCAGAGAAAAUUCGGAUGCGCACAUGACUAGGCUGCAGGAAGUUAAGGCGCAGUUGGAAACAAAAGGCACGUACAAUUUGAAGAGCCCUGAACUGGUGUACGCGACAAAGCUAGCAUGGAGAAACGCGACGCGAUGUAUUGGCCGGAUACAAUGGAAGAAAUUGCAGGUCUUCGAUUGUAGAGAAGUAACAACUGCAAAAGGAAUGUUCGAGGCGCUUUGUACGCAUAUCAAAUACGCGACGAAUAAAGGAAAUAUCCGAUCGGCAAUCACCAUUUUUCCCCAACGCACAGACGGCAUGCAUGACUACAGGAUAUGGAACCCACAGCUCAUCAACUACGCGGGCUACGUGCAAGAAGACGGAUCAGUCUUAGGCGACCCUGGCAGAGUCGAAUUCACAAAUAUCUGCAUAAAGCUGGGAUGGAAGCCGCCAUACACGAUGUGGGACAUUUUGCCGCUGGUGCUGCAGGCCGACGGCAAAGAGCCAGAGUUCUUCGAUUUACCCCGGGAUAUUGUAUUGGAAGUCCAGAUGGAACAUCCUGAAUUGGACUGGUUCAAAGAGCUCGGCCUGCGCUGGUACGCGCUGCCUGCCGUCGCCAACAUGAGACUGGACUGCGGAGGCAUCGAGUUCACCGCCACCGCGUUCAACGGCUGGUACAUGGGCACCGAGAUCGGCUGCCGCAACUUCUGCGACGCCAGCCGCUUAAAUAUAUUGGAAAAAGUAGCGCUGAAAAUGGGCCUCGAGACUACUUCGGCGGUAUCCCUGUGGAAAGACCAGGCAGUGGUGGAGAUCAACAAAGCCGUGUUGCACAGUUUCCACAGGGACAUCGUGUCCAUCGUGGAUCACCAUUCUGCCUCCGAGCAGUUUAUGAAGCAUUUGGAAAACGAAAACAAGGCUAGGGGUGGGUGCCCAGCUGACUGGGUCUGGAUUGUUCCUCCGCUUUCAUCGUCCUUAACACAAGUGUUUCACCAAGAAAUGGCUAAUUAUUACAUGAAACCGUCUUACGAGUAUCAAACUGAUCCUUGGAAAAAAUACAAUUGGGAAAAAUCAGGAGAAAAGCCACAUCGAAAAUUCCACUUCAAGCAAAUAGCACGAGCCGUCAAGUUCACGUCCAAACUGUUCACCACGGCGUUGUCUCGUCGCGUCAAGGUCACCAUUCUCUAUGCCACAGAGACAGGCAAAUCUGAACAAUAUGCCAAAGAAUUAGGGACUAUAUUUGGACACGCUUUUAAUGCUCAGGUUUUCGCUAUGGAUGAAUAUGACAUGUUCUCCAUUGAACACGAAACGCUGAUUUUGAUCGUUACCUCAACAUUCGGUAAUGGAGAACCUCCUGCGAAUGGCCAGGAUUUUAUAGACCAUCUUUUCCAAAUGCAAAACAUGGAAAAUGAACUAGAUGGCUCUCAAAGCGCUCCCAGCCCAGGUUUCAGAACACCAACACCAAAAUCUUUAAUGAGAACUAACAGCGUCAUGUCACCUCCACCGACAUGCAAAAGACCUCUUUCGCGCGUGGAAUCCAAUAGAAGUACAACCGGAGACUCAUCUCUCGAACAUCUUGGUCCGUUGAGUAAUGUCAGCUUCGCAGUGUUUGGUCUGGGAUCCAGCGCAUAUCCCAAGUUUGCGAAUUUUGCCAAAACUGUCGACAGAGUUUUGGGUGAAUUGGGAGGAGAAAGGAUCUUGGAAAUUGCCACUGGUGAUGAAAUGUUUGCACAAGAACAAGAGUUUCGUGCUUGGUCUUCUAAAAUAUUCCAGGUUGCUGCCGAAACAUUCUGCGUAGAAGAAACUAUGCUAAUGGAUGCCAAAAACGCAAUUUCUAAACUGCCGCUAACCGAAGAAACCGUCAGAUUCGGAAAACCAUCUACGACUGUAUCUAUGAAGCAGGCCCUUGAGAGUACCUAUAAAAGACAAGUUAUUCCUAGUAUGGUCAAGAAAAUCAAACGUCUAGGCGAUCACACUGAAGACCGAGAAACCAUAUUUGUAGAUAUGCAGCCAAGAGAUGAAGUCAAAUACGACCCAGGAGAUCAUCUUGGAGUUAUGCCUUGCAACCGUGAAGAAAUUGUAAACUCGGUGUUAAAAAGACUAAAAGAGACCGACUUCGACGUCCCUGUACAACUGCAAAUGAUGAAGGAAACACUUUCGCCUCUUGGUUCAUCAAAGACGUGGGAGAAACAUGAACGCAUACCCGCCGUGUCUAUCCGAGACCUGUUUACUCGUUUCCUAGACAUAACAACUCCACCACCUACAACUGUUUUGAAGUACUUAGCCAAAGCUUGUUCUGACGAAAAAGACACGUUGAAAAUAAAUGAGCUAAUUCUGGAUUCUGAAAAGUAUGACGAAUGGAAGCAUUUCAACGUCCCCCAUUUAGGGGAAGUUUUAGAGGAGUUGCCAUCUUGCAAGCCUCAGGGUUCACUUCUAGCAGCGCUUCUGCCUACCUUACAACCAAGAUUCUAUUCUAUUUCUUCGUCGCCACUCGCGCACCCGAAACAUAUACAUCUCACUGUAGCUAUCGUAUUUUACAAAGUUCGAAAUGGUGAAGGUCCAGUCCAUUACGGAGUUUGCUCAAACUAUUUAAAGAAUCUCAAAGAAAAUAAGGACGAAAUAUUCGUUUUUAUAAGACGUGCACCAAACUUCCAUUUGCCAAAGAGCUUGUCGGUACCUCUCAUCUUAAUUGGGCCCGGUUCUGGUAUCGCCCCACUGAGAGGAUUCUGGCAUCACAGAAAAUACCAAAUAAAGGAACUAAGUAAAAAGGAGAAGAUCGGACAAGUUUGGUUAUUCUUCGGGUGUCGAACUAAGGGAAUGGAUAUAUACAGAGUUGAAAAGGAACAAGCUGUUAGAGAAGGGACUCUUAACAGAGUGUUCUUGGCUCUUUCAAGAGAAGCAAAGAAGGACAAGAAAUACGUCCAAGACCACUUAAGAGAGGAGGGACAAGCAAUAACCAGAAUGCUCAUGGAGGAGGGCGGACACUUCUAUGUGUGUGGAGACUGCAAGAUGGCGGAAGAGGUGCAACAGACGUUGAAGCAGAUACUGCAACAGCACACCAACUUCUCGGAGCUCGAGGCGGAACAUUUCAUAAUGAGCUUAAUGGACGAUAACCGAUACCAUGAAGACAUAUUCGGCAUCGUUUUACGAACGGCAGAGGUGAAGAAUGCUUCCAGGGAAACCGCUAGAAGAACCCGACUGGAAUCAGGACAAUCUCAAUGUUAAAAUCAAUUUUGAUUUAGCUAAUUUAUCAUUUUAACUAACUAACACGCCGCAAAGUUCAAGUUGUGAUAAGGGAACAAAUUUUAAGCAUGGGGAAUCAAAGAUUGUAUUUAGUUUACAAAUUGAUUCAGAGAAAUUCUAUGGUAUGCAUUUAGAUAUAGAAAAGCGAUAUUGGUACAACAGCUUUUCGCUUACCUACUGAUUAAUUGGUAUUUAAUGGAAUAAAUAGGAUAGAUGAUAUUGACUCGGCGUAACUUCCUAUUCCACUUUGGGAAGUUGGGAACACGAAGGUAAUAUGGCAAGUUAUUCCAGCCACGACAAAAUUCAGUGACGGACCAAUAAAAAAGUUUUUAUGUAAUUUUUAAGUUUUUAAUUGUUUAUUACUUCUUAUAUUUAAUUCUUGAAAUUAAUUUUUUAAAUAGUAUUUUAUGCAGUAUUAAUAAUGAAAUUGUUUACACUGUACAUUAAAAGGUCUCCUUCAGUAUUUUUUUAAAUAUCCUUGCUUAGCAAAAAUCGCAAUUUGUUUUUGUAAUUGGAGAAUUGAUUGAAAUCUUAAUUUGACUACAUUAAAUGUGUCGUACUGUUGUAAUUUAAAAUAUAAAUUAGUAUCUUAUUAUUUAACAUAAUUAAGGGACGUUUACUUAGAUUUAUACAUAUUUAUUAAGUGCUUUAUUUUAUUGCAAUGACUGAAAAGCGUGAAGCAAGCCAAAUAAAUACUGUUACGGUGUAGACAUACCUACACAUUGUGUAUCUAACAUUACUCACAGUUCAUUCAUUAUGUACACAGACAAUAACACGUAUGUGCGUAGCAAUGUACCUACUCGAAACACAGGCUACGUGACAGAACUACAAAAGUUUGUAACAGUUGUAAAUAAGUACCUAGACCGUCUUCAAAAAAGAAGUUUCUGCGCGAAUUCAAUAUGAACACCAGGGACCCUAGCCAAUCGUAUGCAGUAAAUGGCAUAUUGCCUAGGCCCUCACUGCGCCACGGUCUUGCAAAAGUUGCGUUGCUGUGCGAACGAACGUAGCCUUUACAGUUCGUGUCAUCCACGAUGACGCGCAGAUUUGUCAAAUCUAACCUUUAAUAACAUAACAAUACGCGUCAAGGCACGCGUCUUCGUGAAUCACACGAUCUUUAUGUCUUCAAAAUGAUUGUGUUAAACUUACACUAAGGCCCAGGACUGUAGUAUAAUUAAUAACUGCAAAAAAUUAACAUGGAAUGAUAAUGGACAAUGUACGUUUCCUAGGUAUAUUAAGUUGAGAAAAGAGAAAAAAAGCCCGUAUGAAAAUGUAUGACAUGCUCAGCUUGUCAUUUCGUGAAUAUUGUUUUCAAUGACAAACAUAAAAGGAACUGUUGUAUUUAGAGAUAAAACAUAUUAAAACGUUAGAUUAUUUAUUUGUAAAUCUUUAAAAUUAUUUUUGAUAAACUUGAGUAGUUUGGUAAAAAUACAUUUUUGAUUAAGAAUAAAACUGUACCCAGUA